AUGGCCUCGAUGGGGGGCGGUGAUUUCCUCGAUCCAGAACCAUUUGUACGAAAGGUGAAGAAUGGUGGAAUGCUCAACCUAACACUGAAGCACAUAUGCGCUGCUGAGGCUAUGAAAAUACACGGUGUCAAGGCAGAGCUACAGUCAAGAAUUGCCGAGAGAAUUAGAUUUUAUGCGGAUAAACAGGACGAGGCUAAAUUUAACCGUUUGAGAGCAAUCAUAGAACAUCCAGAGACAGUUCAGUACCCACAAGUAUAUCAUAGUUCGGCUUCACCGGCUGCGAAUUCGACACCCAACGGCGCACCGAGUCGCAGUACACCUGGAGCAGCCAUGCAAUCAUAUAACAGGCCGAAUGGGUAUGGAAUGAAUCUUGAAUUCAAGCCAAGUCCAUUCUACAAUAUCGUCGAACAAAUUGGAGAGAUCAAAACCUGUGAUGCCAUGACGCAACAUCGUCACACGGUGAACAUUCCAGUUAAAGUUCAAACCCAUCCUACGUUAUCAAGUGUCGUAAACGACCCAACAUUGAAGAUAAUGAUAUUUUGCGCGGGCGAAGGUAAUGGGAAGCAAGAUAUCGCCUUCCCACAUCAAUCUGAGAUCAAAGUGAACGGAGGGGAUGUCAAGGCAAAUUUACGAGGAUUGAAAAACAAAGCUGGAUCAACUCGACCCGUGGAUAUUACCAAGGAACUGAGAUUGAAAGUUCCUGGAUAUCAAAACACUAUCGAGAUGACCUACGCGUUGACUACAAAGGCAGGUCUUAAUGGAGCUUUCGUCGCGUCUCAGAAAUUCUACAUAGUUUUGUAUGUUGUCAAGACAGUUGAUGUUACAGACUUGGUUAAGAAAUUGGGAGUUGGCAAAAAGAUUACCAAGGAAUCGGUGGUCAACGAUAUGAUCCAUAAAUCACGAGAUGCCGAUAUUGUAGCCACUGCUUCAGUUUUAUCGCUGAAGUGUCCAUUGUCGACUUUAAGGAUCGAUUUACCUUGUCGAUCAAUAUCUUGUAGGCAUAAUCAAUGUUUUGAUGCUACUUCAUAUCUUCAGCUACAAGAACAAGGUCCAACUUGGUUAUGUCCAAUAUGCAACAAUUCUGCCCCUUUCGAGUCGUUGGUCGUUGAUGAAUAUGUAAAGAACAUAUUACAAAGUACAUCAAGAUCCGUAGAUCAAGUGACGGUCGAACCAGAGGGACAGUGGAAACUCUACAACAAACCCGACCCCACAUCAUCACGACCCGGUGUAGCUUCAAGUGAUUUCUCCGACAAUGAUGACGAUUUGAUUGAACUUUCUCCAGGUGGAAGAAAAGCUAGUACACCAAUCACCAAAACCUCAACUUCAAAUGGUACUGGAACUCAAGCGCCAAGUAUCCGCGACUCUUUAUCCGCAGCAUCAUCUAAUCGAUCAAAUCCAUUUGGAUCAUCGGCAGGUGGUGUUAAAAGACCGAUUUCGGAAGUGAUUGAUUUGAUUAGUAGUGACGAAGAAGAAGAUCCACCUGCGAGACCUCCACCGAAGAAACAAUUUACCUCUGGAUCAGCUAAUGGUUUGAAUGGUGCAGCUCCUCCUUUUAGACCGGGUUUCAGUUUUCAGAAUCGCUAA